AUGAUACUAACUACCGAAUACAAUGAUGUCCACAGCCACCACCGCAAUCCCGCAAGACCCCCGAAAUAGAGACGCCCGGGUUGAGGACUACUUAAAUGAUAAAUUCCAAACACUCGGCGAUCUAGAAAGCCUUGAUGAGAUCCUGAAUGCCGUUCAGACCCAACAAUCACAGCUUCGCACACAGGUAUGACUAGACUGGCCAGCCCCCCCCCCCACCCACCCAAAACAUCUCUAACUAACUUACGGAAUUCCAAAAGCUCCAAUCCGCCGAAACCCGAGCUGAAAAAGCCCGGGCCGCCGCCUCCGAGCACUCCCACAACCUCCUGAUCCAAGCGCAACUCUUCCAGCAGAACCAAGACGACAUCGACCGCCGCCUGCAGGCAACUACAUCCUCAGACACGGUCCAAGAUGCCGCCGCAAAAUUUGAGUCGAGUAUGGAGAAACUCCAUAGAUUGGAUGUAGCGGAAGGAUACGUUUCUCUGAUCCUCCACGUCCACCAACUAUCCGAUGAAGCGAGGGAGGGGAUACAGAAGGAUCCGAAGCUAGCGUUGGCGCCGUACAAUAAGCUCCAGAGAGUAUCGAAAGAGCUAAAGUCCCGGCACAGAGAGAUGGAGGAUGUAGCGGUGCAUUUGGUAGGCUAUGUUGAGAAGACUACAGGGCUGCUGUGGGAUGAGAUGAAGAACUGUCUUUCCGGGCAAUUCGGAGAGGUUCUGAGCAAGAUCAACUGGCCGACCGUGAGCGCGGACGUUAGUAACGCGCCGGGGUUCGGGAAGGCCUUUGAGAAGCUCCUUGUCCUGCAGGAGCCGGGGAUUGAGACUGGACUCGAGGACAACCCGUUACUGCCCAUGGAAGUGCUGGUGAAGCCGCUGGAGUUGAGGUUUAGGUAUCAUUUUGAGGGAGACCGUCAGACGAAUAGGAUUGACAAACCGGAGUGGUUCCUCGCGCAUUUGUCCUCGCUGGUCACGACGUACACUCCGUUUUUACUAUCCGCUAUUCAGCCAUUACUCACAUCCUCGGCGAAUCCGAAGAUCGCGCAGCGGGAUGCGGUUAACGAGUUUAUCACCGCUUUGCUCCCCGUGCUCAGACGGAAGAUACAUCACUUACUCCCGCAGAUACUUGACCAGGCGCAGUUGCUUAGUCACUUCAUUCAUGAGAUGAUCAAAUUUGACACGGAGCUUCGGGAGGUGUUUGGAUACAUGCCGUAUGGAUGCACGGAUGGGGAGUGGAAGGGCGUUACGCAUGAGGUGUUAGUUGUCGAGGGUGGGUUUGUGGGGUGGAUUAAAGUUGAGAAGGAAUGUCAGUAUCUGCACAGCUCACUUGUGAGGGUUGAGCUGAUGGGGAAUCUUAUAGUUGCGCUGUCAAGAUAUCAUAAUAUUCUAGACGCGGAAGACGCCUGGAUUAUUGACUACGAAAGUGUUGAGCCGAAGGAGACGAAACCUACGAGGUCGGCUAUUCGGUUAAGAGAUUUGUUGGAGACUGUUACAGGUACACUCCCUCUUUCUGGGUGCGAUCCGAGGGUUUCUUCGUUGAUUCUGAGUCCGGACAGAACGAUACCGGCCUUUAACGUCGUUUACACAGCGACUUCGCUUCCUGAUUGAUAUACAAAUCUCUGUUCUAGAUCAGUAUCAUGACCGACUUCGUUCCAGUGUCGAAGCUUUUAAGAUGCUUUCUUCAUCCAUUGCUCGAGCUGUGCAGGGGACUAGCAAGGAAGAGGUACAAUCUCUUACUGGAAUUGGUGGCUUGGAGAGACUUUGUAAGGUUUAUGGGAGUGCUAUGUUCAUGGAGAAUUGUAUGAGGGAUUGGGGUGAAGACAUCGUAAGUCUACAAAUUUGUACUACAUGGCAUGCCCAGACUAAUUAGUGACCAGUUCUUCCUAGAAAUAUGGGAAGAGCUACAGGAGCGCGCCAGGAAAGCGCAACAAAAUAAUGCUACUCAGAACCUGGCGGGAACUAUGAAUGUCCAGGAGGUUGCGAGCCUCACAAGCAGUGCCGUAACCUCCGGAGAGGAGGAUGGUGCACUAUUCGAUGAGACUGCAGGCUCUUACAAAGCUCUCCGGACCACAACAGAAGACAUGAUCAUCGAUCUGUUAAUUAGGAGCAUCAAAGAAGAAUUAAGAGGUUACUCUAAAAUGUCAGCCCCACCUCAUUCCUUGCCGCCCUUACCCUGCUAACCCCAGGCAAACAGAACACUCUGGUCGUCAAUAACCUCCGACCCCUCAACCCCAAGCACUAUAUCCCCAGAAAUGGUCCAGCCCGCAACCGCCACAAACACGUUCCUCUCUUUCCUCUUUAAAAGCGUUGCGCCAGCAGUCUUCAAGCGGAUAUACCGCAAGUUUGCUGCUGGGAUCCAAAAUUACCUCUGGGACAACAUACUCAUGCGUAAUCAAUUCUCACUUGCCGGUGGUAAGCAAUUCACUACGGAUGUUGGCGAGUUGUUGAAUAUUUCCGGGAGGUAUAUUGAAGACCCUGAGGGUUCGAUGAAGAGAGUUCGGGCUGCUUGUCUGUUGCUCACGCUUGAGGAUGGGCAGGAGGAGGUGAAGCUAGGAUUGAAGGAGGUUGUACACAGGGUUUUUGAAGACAAUGAUAAGGCGAGGGGUAUAUUGGAGGAGCUGGGGCUGGUUGGGUGUGUUAAUACUAGUGAGGUUAGGGGGGUGUUGCAGAGAAGAGUUGAGGCGUGGGCCUAGAAGGGGCUGCUACCCCCUUCAACCUUUCAGUGCACCAAGUUUCCGCAGCGGCCCAGGAGAGGGAUUGCGAGGCGUUGAGUCCAUAACUCUGACCGUUCGUCCGGGAAGGCUGCGCAUAGUUUGACAUCUAGUUUUACACCCUUGCAAAGUUUUAGUGAUCAAUAAAUUAUACAUAUUAUUUGCGGUU